AUGGCCCUCAUCGACAAGAAACUUGAAGCUGAUUUAGCUAACCUGACGGAUGAGGAACAAGAUAACUACAGUCCACAUGAUGAUCUGCACGCUGACAAACAGGGUGAUGUGGAAAAGUGGUUGGAACAAAGCCAACGUGAGCUGGAAUCCGCCGCGCAGCAAGUCCCCGAUCAAGGUAACCAGCCGGACCUGCCGUGCCCGCCGCCGGUCGUUGACCCCGGCACCUCCAAUGGAACGAUUCAAAUGCUCGCAAGUGCACUUCAAAAUCUAACUGCAAGUACCGCUAAACAAAAGAGUGACAAAAACCUGCUAAGCCGAUUAUGUACUCCCAGAGACCUACCUAGUUACUCUGGCGACCCUUUGGACUGGCUACAAUUUAAGCAGGCCUAUGAAGAGUCCACCGAAGUGUGCGGAUUCAGCCCGAAGGAGAACCUAUGGAGACUGAGAAAAUGCCUAAAUGGAACUGCCAGGGAAGCAGUUUCAGCUUUAAUGGUUACUGCCACGUCGCCCGAUAUAGUGAUGAAAACCUUGGAAUUGGUAUGUGGAAAUCCAGAAAGCAUCUUAACUCGUAUUAUGCAAGGAUUACGCAAGCUACCAUCUAUGUCGAACGAGUACAGUAAGGACAUCGUAUCUUUCUCAGUCAAAGUGCAAAACUUCAUCGCAGCCGUACAUGCAGUCGGCCGCAAAGAGUACCUACACGACGUAAACAUGGCUAAUAUCAUUAUAUCUAAAUUACCGACGGUUAUUAUAUCGAAAUGGUCUGACUACAGUUUCCCCAUAAUAGCCGAAGGUAAGAAGCCACGCUUGGAGAUACUUGGAGACUUUUUAAACAUCGAAGCACUCAAAAUAACCACUACAGCGAACAUUCACGUCACGGAUCAGCGCAGCAGUUAUCAACAUCACUCGAGAAACAAAAGUGAUAAUAAUAACGCCAACCGCCAGCAAACAGUUUUAUUGCAAUCGGCACGCAGUGAUAAUAAGUGUUUAUUUUGCCGCGGUGCAAAACAUGAGUUAACUGAAUGCAAAAUGUUCAAAAAGGCGUUAAGAAAGGACCGGUGGCGUCAUGUGAAGCGCCAUGGAGUAUGCUUCAAGUGCCUAGUGUCACGCCACGAUCGCGAGAACUGCCCCGCGCCCGCUUGUGACAAGGAUGGAUGUGGCGAGGCGCAUCAUCGACUAUUACACUAUGUACACAAUCGCGAUACAGAUAAGGAUGCUACGUCGGAAUCUCCGGAUACGCGGGAAACAGCUCAGUCCAGCCCUACUAAGGAAACCGUAUCCUUUAUAAACUUAAAUAACCAUAAAGUGUUGUUAAAAGUUGUGCCGAUAAAAAUACGCGGACCUAAUGGUGUGUUUACGUCAACUGCAUUUUUAGAUGACGGAAGUAGUAUCAGUCUUAUCAGUAAAUCGCUCGCCGAGCGCGCCGGCCUGCGCGGGCGCACUGAGACUAUGCGAGUGAGCGGAGCGUGGAGAGAUAGCGAUUUAGAGUGUACUACUACAGUUAUGUCUAUCGAUGUAUCUAGCCUUAAUGGUAGCGAUGUUUUUAAUAUCAGUUUACGAGCUGUAGAUAAUUUGCAAAUACCUGAGCAGGACUUUAGGUCCAUUGAUUGUAAUAAAUUUGCCCACUUACAGAAGUUAAAAGACAAAUGGUCACCUAAUCUAAUUUCUUGUAAACCUGAAGUUUUAAUUGGGCAGGAUAAUUAUGAUUUAAUUAUGCCGUUAGAAAUAUGUAAAGGUAAACCCUUUGAGCCGUUCGCUACACGCACUGUCUUAGGUUGGUCCGUCCAUGGGAAGAUGCGCGCCCCGCACGGCCGAUGCACCCGCGCCGCCCACAACCUGCUGAUAGCGGCGGAGGGCGCCGGCGCGCCCUGCCCGAGCGCCCACGAUGACGCGCUCCGCGACCUUCAUGAGGAAGUAAGGCGUUAUUUUUUUAUUGACUCUCUAGGUGUGUGUAACAAACCUCGUCAAAACAGCGAUGACGUCCGUGCCUUAGCCCAAUUAGACCACACGACGACCUUCGCUGACGGCAGGUGGCAAGUAGGUCUGCCGUGGCGCGACGAGAACAGCGUGAUGCCUGACAGUUACCCUAACGCUCUAAAUAGGUUAAAGGGAGUUGAGAAGAAAAUGGCUGCAAACAGUGAGUAUGCUCAAAGGUACACGGAUCGAGUAAAUCAUUUGUUCCAUAAUGAUUUUGCAAGGGAGGUCAGUGACCCGCGAUCCACUUCCCCUCACACAUGGUACCUACCUCAUCAUGGGGUGGACAAUUUAAAUAAGAAAAAACUUCGUCUUGUUUUUGAUUGUGCCGCAAAAAGUAAAGGUACAUCGUUGAACGAUUACCUACUUCAAGGUCCCGACCUACUCGCGUCCCUAUUCGGCAUUAUGGUACGAUUUAGAGAGAAUAGGUACGCUGUGGCCGGGGAUUUGCGUGACAUGUUCCUAAGGGUCAAAAUACGACCCGAGGACCAGGACGCACUUAGGUUUUUAUGGAGGACUGACCCUAAACAGCCAGUCAAAACGUAUGCUAUGACGUCACUAGUGUUUGGCGCUAAUUCGUCCCCUUUUAUCGCCCAGUACGUAAAAAACAGGAAUGCACAGCGUUACGCGUCCGCAAUGCCUGCUGCAGUUGCUGCCAUCUGCGAGCAACACUACAUGGACGAUUACUUGGACAGUUUGCCAGACGAGGCCGCAGCUAUAAAAAUGGUAAAAGACGUUACUUUUAUUCACAAACAGGGCGGGUUCGACAUGUGCAACUGGACAAGUAACAGCGAGGCAGUAUUGGACAGCGUGCCAAAAGAAGCCUUAGGCAAUGCAGCCUUAAGGUUCAAAUUAGAUCAACAACAAGAAGGUGAGAGAACGCUUGGUCUUAUCUGGUACCCCGCUACAGAUGAGUUUGGGUUUGACUUGUCACUCAAACGCAUACCUAGCGAUAUAGUUAGCGGUAAACAAGUACCUACUAAAAGGAUCAUGCUUCGUGUAAUAAUGUCGAUAUUCGACGUGUUUGGUUUCUUAUCUCCAUUCACUAUUCAAGGUAAGAUAAUGCUACAGUCUUUACGGCAGUUAUCCGUCGAUUGGGACGAAAAUAUUCCAAAUAAUAUUUUCGCUAAGUGGAUUGAAUGGAUUAAUCUUUUAAAAGAAAUGCGUUAUGUACGUAUACCUAGAUGUUACUUAAGUCCCCUAGGAUCAAACGGCCUGGGUAGCCGAGCGAGGGCAGGGUCGCCGGGCAGUGCUACGACGCGCGUAGCCGAUGACUCCUCCCCCGCGCGGCCCGCGACCGCCGCACCGCCUGCGCAUACUACGCCGCCACCUACCUAUGAGCCGCGUAGCAACGCUACGCCAAGUACGCCGGCAUCAACUACGAAUAUUUAUUAUGGUAAUAAUUUAGAGAUGCAUAUUUUUUGCGAUGCGUCUACCAAAGCAAUGUGUGCAGUUGCUUAUUGGCGCUGGAUUUACAAUAAUAAAAUAUGCAUCGCCUUUAUAGCAAGUAAGUGCAGAGUCUUAGCCGUGAAACCUUUGUUGACUGUACCUCGUGCAGAGUUACAGUCGGCUCUUUUGGCAGCGAGACUUGCGGACAGUCUACAAAGGGACCACAGGUUAGUGGUACAGCGCCGCUAUUUUUGGAGCGAUUCCACCACAUUCCUUCACUGGGUUAAGAAUGACGCGCGCAAUUAUAAGACAUUCGUAGCAAACCGGUUGGGCGCUAUUGAUGAGCUCACGCGCAGUAAUGAAUGGCGGUAUGUACCUACUAAAUUGAACGUUGCGGAUAUUGCAACGCGCGAGACUUAUGACGACAGUCUCUUCCAAAACGAGUGGUUAAAGGGCCCUUCGUUCUUGAGAAGCGACGAGUCCUCCUGGCCGCUUAAUAUUGUCGGCCCUGCAGCUGGUGAACCUGAAAGGUCAGAAAUUAUAAAUAUAAUUAAUGACUUAUCUGCUACAUACUUACCUGUAUUUAAUCCGGAGCGCUUUUCUUCGUGGUUGCGGCUAUUGAGGAGCACAUAUCAUGUGUUAGUAUUCGUGCAUAAAUGUCGAAAGCAGACUUACGAUGACUCUGAGUUGAUGCGGCGAGCCGAGCUGCUCCUGGUACGACAGGCACAAGAAGAGUGCUUUGGCGCGGAGUUAGCUGCGAUUAGAAAAGGUAUGAGUCUCGAAAGAAAUAGCCGAAUACUUACCUGGUCACCUUACCUGGAUGAUUGUGGAGUCCUACGCUGCGGCGGCCGUAUUAGUGCCGCACAGGGUGUCAAUGCUGAUACAAAAUACCCGAUCAUUUUGGAUGGGCGGCACCAUGUGACGCGAUUGCUCGUUAAGCAUUAUCACGUAAGGGCUGCGCACGAUUACCAGGAAACCGUGGUUAACAAUCUUAAGGAAAAAUAUGCAAUCACGAGGAUAAGACCAACGGUUAAACAUGUAGCUACUAGAUGUAUGUAUUGUAAAAUACGUAAGGCGCAACCACAUGUACCUGUAAUGGGUGAGUUACCUCCAGGUCGAAUGGCACAUCACCAGAGGCCAUUCACACACUGCGGCCUCGACUUGUUCGGCCCAAUGGAGGUGGUGGUCGGCAGAGGACGCCAAAAGAGGUAUGGGGUCAUUUUUACCUGCCUCACUGUAAGGGCGAUCCAUUUGGAGAUCGUACAUUCUCUCAUUAUGGCGUUACGGCGUAUGGCGGCGCGUCGAGGAUGGCCAGACUGUUUCUACUCGGAUAACGGUACCAACCUACGGGGCGCUGAUACCGAGUUGAAACGCUCUGUACAGGAACUCGACAACAAAGCUGUCAAUGACUUUGCAUUGACCAACGGUUCGAGUUGGAAGUUUAUACCUCCCGCAAGUCCCUAUUGGGGUGGGGCAUGGGAGCGACUCAUACGCAGCGUUAAGAAAAGCCUUAGCGUUGUCCUUAAAGAGCGGGCACCGAAGGAUGAAGUUCUUAGCACUCUUAUGGCGGAGGUUGAGAAUAUUGUGAACAGCCGCCCGUUAACCCACGUCUCCGUGGAACCAGCUAGCGACGGCGCUCUGACGCCGAACCACUUCCUUCUCCACUCUUCUCCUAAUACCCCCGCUUUGGGUGCCUUUGACGAUACCGACUUAUUCCUUCGGAAGCACUGGCGGAAGAGUCAAAGGCUAGCCGAUAUGUAUUGGCAGAGGUGGGUAAAGGAAUACUUACCGGAGCUACUCCCUAGAAGGAAAUGGAACAAUGAGCAAACUCCACUCAAGGUAGGAGACUUAGUUUUAGUUGUAGAUCCGGGAGCACCACGCAAUGUGUGGCCGAAGGCAGUCGUCCAGCAGGUAUUUCCAGGUAGAGACGGUCGGAUCAGACUGGUCGAAGUAAAAACUAAAUCUGGCGUCUUUAAACGGCCUGCGGCGCGCGUCGCUAGAAUCCCUUUGGUUAAUGAGUGCUGA